AUGAGCUCUCCGGAGAAUCCUUUCUUGACUAGCAUCAAAGCGUUUCGCCAGGAAUUGUCAGAUGAUGGGCGGGCGCAGUUUUGUGAAGUCGACUCUGCAGAGGCCAUGAUCCAACAUCUUCGCACCGAGCUAAAGAUAUCUCAAGACUCGGUGGUCUACCGGCACCUCAAAUCUUUGGCUGCGGUCUCGAAGAGUUGGGAGCCAUAUUUUGAGAUCACCGGCAUCCUUGUGGCGACAAAAGCUGCCAUUGCCGCACCAUUCUGGGGCGCUCUUCGACUCAUUUUCCAACUUAGUCGCAACUAUGAAGCCUUAUUCGAACAGCUUAGCGUCAAAUUCGCGGAAAUUAGUGAGAUCGUCGAGUUCAGCACUCAGUAUGUCAAGCUGUUCGAGGUCGUGAAGACGAUUGUUUCCGGCGACAAGCAUGCCAUGAUUGCAGCUCUGCUGACAAUCUAUGAAUCUGUGAUAAUGUUUUGUCAUCGGGCCUACAGUAUAUUUGCCCAAGGGAAAAAGAGUAUGUUCAUGUGUGACUGGUUGCAUUGCACCGUCGAGAUUACAACUAAUCACAUCAUCUCAGGUUGGCGGAAGAGGAUGGCCUUUCAUGCCAAAGCGGCCUGGGUACCAUUCCAGGACUUGUUUGUCACGCUCAUCCAACGGCUCGAAAACGCCCGGCUCAGAUUUGAUCAUGAAGUGGAACUUUUGCGCACAAAAGUUAUCGUCGAUACUGGUGACCAUGUCAAAGGAGAACUUGAGGUCUUGGAAAGAGGGAUUCUCGAACUUAGGUCCUCUCUCGAGGCCAAACACUAUGGAUCAACUCGAGAACAGGCUAAGUUGACAGGUAAUUCGAACUAUGCCGCUGCAUCUUACAGUCGCCACUCGUACUGA